CCGCCCUCCGAAGGACUGGAAUACCGCAAUUUCUGCUAUUUUUAAUCGAGGAAUUGCUCUGUUUUCCACCAUUCAUUUGACCUUUUUUUCCUUCAAUCGCAAGCUCUGAUCGCCGGAAAAUAAUCUGUCCGAGGAUCGUUGAUAUCUCCGGAGCCCUGUUUGUGGAACUUUUCAGAGCUGAAAUAAGGAUAUUUUGAGGUCUAAGUACUCUUUCGUGAAGACACCGCACCGUGAUUGUUGUAUGCAAUGUCUAGCUCUGUGAAAGGUUUGGAACCUGCAUUUCAGGGAGCAGGCCAAAAAGUAGGCAUUGAGAUUUGGAGGAUUGAGAACUUCCAACCAGUUCCUUUGCCAAAAUGCGAUUAUGGUAAAUUUUACUCGGGUGAUUCAUACAUUGUCUUACAGACUACUGCUGGUAAGGGUGGUGCAUAUUUCUAUGCCAUACACUUCUGGCUUGGGAAGGAUACUAGCCAGGAUGAAGCUGGAACAGCUGCUAUCAAAAGUGUAGAGCUUGAUGCAACUCUUGGAGGGCGAGCAGUACAGCACAGAGAAGUACAAGGUCAUGAAUCUGAUAAAUUCUUGUCUUACUUUAAGCCCUGCAUUAUGCCAUUGGAAGGUGGUGUCGCGACCGGAUUUAAGAAACCAGAGGAGGAAGAAUUUGAAACACAGUUGUAUGUUUGUAAAGGAAAAAGAGUUGUUAGAUUGAAGCAGGUCCCGUUUUCUCGAUCAUCACUGAAUCAUGAUGAUGUGUUUAUUUUGGAUACCAAAGAUAAGAUAUAUCAGUUCAAUGGUGCAAACUCCAAUAUUCAGGAAAGGGCCAAAGCAUUAGAAGUAAUUCAGUUUUUGAAGGACAAAUAUCAUGAAGGAACGUGUGGUGUUGCUAUUGUAGAUGAUGGAAAUUUACAGACAGAAUCAGACUCUGGUGAAUUUUGGGUGCUUUUUGGUGGCUUUGCUCCAAUUAGCAAGAAGGUUGCUAGCGAAGAUGAUAUUAUUCCUGAGAAGUCUCCUGCUAAGCUGUUUUGCAUUAUUGCUGGUCAGAAUCCUGUUGAUGGUGAACUUUCCAAAUCUAUUUUGGAAAACAACAGGUGCUAUUUGUUGGAUUGUGGCAGUGAAAUAUUUGUUUGGGUUGGCCGUUUAACCCAACUGGAUGAAAGGAAAGCUGCUCUCCAAACAUCAGAGAAAUUCGUCAGAAGUCAAGGGAGACCCAAGGCAACACAAAUUAUUCAUCUCAUUCAAGGUCAUGAGACAAACUCCUUCAAGUGCAAGUUUGAUGCUUGGCCAUCAGCAUCAUCAGCACCUGCUCCUGAAGAUGGAAGAGGGAAAGUUGCAGCUUUACUGAAGCAACAGGGCGUUGGAAUCAAAGGUGCGACCAAGACUGUUACGGUAUACGAGGAAGUUCCCCCUUUGCUUGGAGGAGGUGGAAAAAUAGAGGUUUGGUGCAUUAAUGGAAGUGUAAAGACCCCAGUUGCCAAAAAUGAUGUUGGUAAAUUCUAUAGUGGAGAUUGCUACAUUGUCCUAUAUACCUACCCAACAAAUGAUAAGAAAGAAGAUUAUUACUUGUGUUGGUGGAUUGGAAAGGACAGUGUUGAGGAGGACCAGAAGACGGCUUUUCGGUUGGCUACUGCUAUGUGCAAUUCACUGAAAGGAAGACCUGUAAUGGGUCGAAUAUUUCAAGGGAAAGAGCCACCACAAUUCGUUGCAAUCUUUCAGCCCAUGGUGGUCCUUAAGGGGGGGCUAAGCUCUGGCUACAAGAACUACAUAUCUGACAAAGGCUUAAAUGAUGAAACCUACACUACUGAUUCAGCUGCUCUUAUUCGGAUAUCUAGAACUUCAGUGCAUAAUAACAAAGCAGUUCAAGUUGAUGCAGUGGCAACUUCCUUGAACUCACAUGAAUGUUAUCUUGCUCAAUCUGGGUCUUCAAUGUUCACUUGGCAUGGAAACCAGAGCACUUAUGAGCAGCAGCAAUUAGCCAUGAAGAUUGCUGACUUCUUGAAGCCAGGAGUAGCUGUGAAGCACACUAAAGAAGGAACUGAGAGCUCUGCUUUCUGGUUUGCUAUAGGUGGGAAACAAAGUUAUAACAGCAAGAAAACAGCCUCAGAGGUUGUCCGUGAUCCUCACUUAUUCACUUAUUCUAUGAAUAAAGGAAAAUUUGAGGUUGAAGAAGUGUACAACUUCUCUCAAGACGAUCUGUUGACGGAGGAUGUUUUAGUACUAGACACACACGCUGAAGUGUUUGUUUGGGUUGGUCAAUCAACUGAUCUCAGCGAAAAGCAAAAUGCGUUUGAAAUUGGGCAGAAAUAUAUAGAUAUGGCGGCAUGCUUAGAGGGAUUAUCUCCUAGUGUUACAUUGUAUAAAGUGACUGAAGGAAACGAGCCUUGCUUCUUUACUACAUAUUUCUCAUGGGAUCCUGCAAAAGCAAUUGCAAAUGGAAACUCAUUCCAGAAGAAGGCUAUGCUACUCUUUGGAGUAGGUCAUGGUGCAGAGCCAAAAUCCAACGGGGCAAAUCAGGGUGGACCAACACAGCGAGCUUCCGCCUUAGCUGCUCUGAACUCUGCAUUUACUUCAGUAUCAAAACCAAUUGUAACAUCGGGGCCAGCAGGAAAAAGUCCGCGAUCAGGGAAAAGCCCAGGGUCACAAAGGGCAGCUGCAGUAGCGGCUCUAUCUUCUGUUCUCUCUGCUGAAAAGAAACAGCCAACUGAUACCCCUCCUGCACGAUCAAGUAAAAGUCCACUAGCAGAAUCAAGUCCUUCUGCCGGAAAUGAUAAUGAAAAGGCUUCUUUUGAGGUUGAAGACCCCAAAGGAUCAUCUCCUCCUGCUCCUACAGUUAAGGAAACAAAUGUGUUUGAACCUACGGUGGAGACCAAUGGUGAGGAACACGAGGAAUCAAAAACAGAGCAAGAACAAGAUGGCAACGACAGUCACACCGUAUUCAGUUAUGAACGGCUGAGGGCUAAAUCUGACAAUCCUGUAACCGGGAUUGAUUUCAAACGCAGAGAGGCUUACCUAUCUGAUGAGAAUUUUGAGGCUGUUCUUGGGAUGAAGAAGGAAGCGUUCUAUAAGCUACCGAAAUGGAAACAAGACAUGCACAAAAGGAAAGUUGAUCUCUUUUAGAUUUCACAUAUACCAAAAUACUCCUCCCACUCGUUUCUCAUGAUUAUAUACUCCGUAGUAUAUUUGUUUGCAGUUUUUCUUGGCUGGAUUUGAACAUCCACCAUCUCUACUGCACUUGGCAGUAGUUUUUUGUUUUUUUAAUCUGCCUGCUUGAUGAGUGCUUUUUUUUUACUCCCCUCUUUUUACUGCUGUGUUUGCCCCCACAAAAGUCAACGGUUGCAGUUAAAAGACGGCAUGAAGCCAGGUUGGUUCGUUGAUCCGCUUGAGGUUCAGUUUCACUCAGUCACUUUGUUUAUUGGUCAAAAAGGGUGUAUAAACUGUAUAUGUGUUUGUACUCAAAUUGAUUGAAUUCAUUGCAGACAAUAAUUAGCAUUCUGAAGU